CGCCGCAUAAAGUCGAAAUUAAAACCGCGGAGUGUUAGCCAUAAACCAGUUAAAUCAACCCAAUCGUAGCUCGAUAUAAUCAGCGUCAAUCCCAGUUCAGCCAUUUUCAAUAAUUUAAUUGUUCGACUCGUCCAUACAGAGCAUUAAAAACCGAUCAACCAAAUCGCCAAUAGUACCUAGCACUCGUCUCGUUUUUAAUACACAUAAAUAACAUACAUUAUACAUACAUAUAUUGAAAACUUACGCCUAUAAUUGAGUGGUUUGUGUGUGCUCAAGAACAAUCUCAGAUAAAAUGAAGAAGCUGCGUUGGAGAAGUGUAAGAGUCUGAGAAGGGAAAGCCCAGGCAGAAAAUAAGUAACUUAUAUGAAAUAAUAUGAAAUAAACCACAGAGUUCCCAGCAUACAGAUAAGAGCAGUUGAGGUCUAAAAUUUGAUUCGCAACUCUAGUAGUUAUUGCUGCACUCGCCCUUAAUCCGCCUGAGGAAAGAGCCUCAACAGGAGUCAUUUUCAGCAGUGGCCAACCAAACUCAUAUUGUUGCGCCGAUAGCGGCGAGUAUCUCCCCCUCCAGUGUCAGUUCCCAGCCACCAGACAUGUCCAUCUCAUUAGCACCAAUACAUAUACCCGCGAUCAGGCCUGGCUUUGAAACGGACGCAACGACGCCAGUUAAGCGGCACGCGCAUCCGUGGCCGUACGAGAAUGAGUUCAACCAGUACCAUGCCUCACCGUACUAUCUCGAUAGGGAUCGCAAGCCUAUGUUCUACGGCUACCCCGAGACCCAGUUUCAGCCUGCAUAUUGGCCCAACUAUCGCGAUCAGCCAACCUCCGCUGCAGCGGCAGCCUACAUGAGCGCCACCGACGAGCGCCAUGCUUCAGUUAGUGCGGCAGCAGCGGCGCGGCAGUCAGUGGAGGGCACCUCGCAGUCCAGCUACGAGACGCCCACCUACUCCUCACCUGGUGGGCUGCGCGCCUUUCCCGAAGCCUACUCGAGCACAGGCACCUCUGGUGGCCUCUCGGUAGGCGCUGUCGGGCCUUGUACGCCAACGAAUGCGAUGCAUGAGUGGACCGGACAAGUGUCGGUGCGAAAAAAGCGCAAGCCGUACUCAAAGUUCCAGACGCUGGAGCUGGAGAAGGAGUUUCUUUUCAAUGCGUACGUCUCGAAGCAGAAGCGCUGGGAGUUGGCGCGUAAUCUACAGCUGACGGAGCGUCAGGUGAAAAUCUGGUUUCAAAAUCGACGCAUGAAGAACAAGAAGAACUCGCAGCGACAGGCCACGCAGCAGAACAACAACAACAACUCCAGCAGCAACCACAAUCAUGCUCAGGCCGCACAGCAGCACCACAACAACCACCAUCUCAACCUGGGCCUGAGCAUGGGUCAUCAUGCCACGAAGAUGCACCAGUGACCUUUGGACAACAGCAACGCCGGCGCCAUGGGCUUUGCCACCUACUAGCAUUUGGCCAAUCCCCAUCCGACGUCGCAGCCACAUUUCGAGCCCCAUCUCAGUUCGAAUGCAAUGUUGAACCCGGUCAAGAACGAGAUGAUGCUCGACUUUACGUGCUAGCUGAGAGACGAGAUCCACAACCGAACCCUGUAUGCCAAACACAUCGGACUCCAGAGAGCAAUUUGAGGGCAGGAAUGUGGCGGGCGACGAGGAGGGAGGCAGCUAGGAGCCUAAGAGCUGGCGUUGCUGUUUUAUUCAAAGUUUAAACCGUUGGCUCACCCCAACAAGAGUGUCGAAAUGUUCUUUAAUGAAGUACAGUUAGUUGAUAAGUCCGUUCUUGAAGUAACCCUAUAUAAAAGCAAAAGCAAAAGCAAAAGCAAAGGCAAACAAAUGUAAAUCACCCAGUUUAUUAUGGCUUGGUGCAGUAGAUGCGUGCAGUUGCAGAGUUAGCUGCAUGAAACUUUAAUGUAAACAAUAUAUGAAAACUGGGAGAGGAAGAAGAAGAAGAGGUCGAAGGAGCAGUAGAAUGAUGCACAUUGAAUAUUUGAAAA